CGGAAGGCGGCGGAAGGGUUUAUUUUAUCGUUGCACCCAUCGGGGCUGCCCGUAUCCCACCGCGGCUCCGCCAGCCAGCACCUCAUGGCCUUUAACUUCGGGGCGACGGCGGGCGCUGGGGCUGCCAACCCCACCGGAUUUGGUGGGCUUGAAACUACAAACUCCACUGCCAGUGGGUUUAAUUUUGGUGGUUUUGGCUUAACUGCUAAUCCUGCAGUGAAUUUUAAUAUUGGGAAUUUCGGUGUUUCCACUACCUCAACUCCACCAUUCAAUUUUGGUAACAGUCUGGCAAGUGCAGGUGCUUUUGGAGGAUUUGGGACAACUACCACCACUGCAGGACCAACAUUUAGUUUUUCUGCUCCUACCAAUACAGGCACCAGUGGACUCUUUGGUGCUACCCAGAACAAAGGCUUUGGAUUUGGUACUAGUUUUGGCACAGGCACUGGAACUGGCUUAGGCAGUGGGUUGGGAACUGGGCUGGGCUUUGGAGGCUUUGGCACCCAGCAGCAACAGACCACGUUAGGAAGUGGGUUGUUCAGCCAGCCUGUUCAGACCCCUGCCCAGUCGAACCAACUGAUCAACACAGCAAGUGCCCUCUCAGCUCCAACACUCUUAGGAGAUGAGAGAGAUGCUAUUUUAGCAAAAUGGAACCAGCUGCAGGCCUUCUGGGGUACAGGCAAAGGGUACUUCAACAAUAACAUUGCUCCAGUGGAGUUCACACAGGAAAACCCCUUCUGCAGGUUUAAGGCUGUGGGUUACAGUUUAAUGCCCAACAACAAAGAUGAAGAUGGCCUUGUGGUCUUGGUCUUUAACAGAAAAGAAGUAGAUAUUCGAAGCCAGCAGCAGCAGCUCGUAGAAUCACUACACAAAAUUCUGGGGGGAAACCAGACACUCACUGUCAACGUAGAAGGUGUUAAAACAAUGCCGGAUGACCAGACAGAAGUGAUAAUUUACGUUGUUGAACGCUCACCCAAUGGCACCUCGAGGAGAGUACCCGCAACAACCCUCUACGCGCACUUUGAGCAACCCAACAUCAAGUCAUCCCUGCAGCAGCUGGGUGUCAGCUUCUCCAUGGCCAGAACAGAGCUUUCCCCAGCACAAGUCAAACAGCUCCUGCAGAAUCCUCCUGCUGGUGUUGAUCCUAUUAUAUGGGAACAAGCCAAAGUUAUUACAGAAAGACUCAUUCCUGUGCCAUUGGUGGGUUUCAAGGAACUAUUGAGAAGGUUGAAGGUCCAAGAUCAGAUGACCAAACAGCAUCAAACUCGAUUAGAUAUAAUAUCAGAAGAUAUCAGUGAGCUGCAGAAAAACCAAACGACAACUAUGGCAAAAAUUGCCCAGUACAAAAGGAAACUGAUGGCACUGUCUCACAGAACAUUACAGGUGUUAAUAAAGCAGGAGAUCCAAAGGAAAAGCGGUUAUGCCAUCCAAGCAGACGAAGAGCAACUUCGUGUACAGUUAGAUACAAUUCAGUGUGAACUGAACGCACCUACGCAGUUCAAGGGCAGACUGAAUGAGCUCAUGUCCCAAAUCAGGAUGCAAAACCACUUUGGAGCUGUGUGGGCUGAAGAGCGCUAUUAUGUAGAUGCAGACCUCUUAAGGGAAAUCAAACAACAUCUGAAGCAGCAGCAAGAAGGUCUGAGUCACCUAAUAAGCAUCAUAAAGGACGACUUGGAGGACAUCAAACUUAUAGAACAGGAACUGAAUGAGAGUAUUCCCAGAGGAGUCGUCUUCAGUUGAUGCAGUGGAUGCUGCUGGGCUUACACAGAAGGUGUUACUCAAGUUCAUGGUUUACCUUGCAAGGCUAAAAAAAAAACCAUUAAAAAAAUAAACCACAUACAUACUUUCUAAAAACAGUGGUAUUUUGGCUGUUAUCUUUAGAAUUAGCAAAGCCUCUCCUAAGCUUUUGAACUUAACCUUUGGAAGGUUUAUAUUUUGUAAAGCUGUAUAUGCUUCAGUAAAAGAAGGACAACUGAAUCUGUUCAGAUACUGUUUUACUAUAAAACUAUGUACUGUUGUACAUGUUUCCUUUUUUUAUCUUUUUUUUUUUUUUUCCUUUUUUUACAACAGCAUUGUCCUGGAAAUGCAGUACUGAUGGAAUUGUUCCAACUGUGACUUGGUCUGAAGAAAGCUUAGCUCACUUCCAUGUGUUUGUCGAAACAAUUAGGUCACAUCCUUAUGUAAACAGCUAAUUUAAAUUAUUACAGAUCCGUAUGUUGCUGUACGUACAUCGGUCUCUGCAAUACCAGUAGCUUGCUGGGGCAAGCUGCUGGAAGUUGAUGUUUCCCAUUUCUGUCCUUCCUUUGGACUGCAAGAAGGUUAUGUUUUCAUCACUUGCCCUAUGUGAAUUAUACAAAGCUUUGCUGCCCCUUAAAUAACAACAGUAUCUCUAGAUGUUAUCUUCUGCCUUUUUUUAAUUGCUGGAGUGUAAUAAAUUCAGUCUGACUUUGUAAUAA